AUGUAUAAGAGCCUGUGGCUGACUAACUAUAGCUUGAUUGAGGCUUAUGUACACAAAGCGUUCAUGAGUUUGUAUGAUCCUCAAAAAAUGGACUCCGAGGACUAUUCAGUGACAGGAAUCUUCUCAGAGAUUCCACCAAACCGCACAUGUGCAGACCUCGAUAUGCUUCCCUUGACCAGAUGUAAAUGUGAAGGUUUUGAUGAAGAAUUUGAGGUCAAAGAAAAUGCAGAUGACCACAAGUGGCUGGCAGAAUUUGCAGUUGGACAUAUAAAUAAUGCAAUACAAAGGCAACAUAGGGAAGGUGGUGCUAACUCAUCUGAAAGUUUUGGCUAUGGAAACUGUGAACGCUUAGUUGGAAAAUCGUUUUCAAAAGUGAUCAAACGUUUUCGAAGAGAAUUUAUCGUAACGAGUAUGGACAUUCACGUGUUUCCCCCAACCGGAUAUAAUGAGGAUGAAGUGUUUAGAGUCUCUGUCAAACAGUUCGCUGAACCGAAAGACGGAGUAUUUUUUAUAAAUUCCAUAAGAGUGACGACUUACAGCAAGUUUGCGCCUUGCGCCGACAAGUCAGUCGACAUCAAGCUUUGCACAUGCACCAAACAUCAAACCUCUGACCUCACUAAGAGAGGAGUGUUGUUUGAGAAUGGUGUUCCGAGGAAAAUGUUUGGUUCGGAAACAAUUGUAAAGGAUCUGGACUCCAACUGUUUGUUAUUCUUGAGACGAGAUUAUAGAACGUUCUCUUUUGUAUUAGAAGUAGCCAAUGUUUGCACAGAUAUCACUUAUAAAUUUACUAUGACAGGCUCAACGGAUCAAAGGGUUUUCACCAAUACUUUGCCAAUCUCUCUUGAGUUACCUCCCAAAACCUUUCAUUUUCUAACAUCUGUUUCCAAGUAUGUCGUAAAGGUAGAUAGCGACCUUAAUCUAAAAGCAAGCAUACAAGUUAAAAAUGAGGAAUCGGAUACCUUUGACAGUUUAGGGACUAUUGGGGUUUCCUAACAGUUUAAAUGCGGUUUGGUGGAAAAUUGUGUUCUUUUUUUUUCGGAUUGAUUUUAUUUAUUCAUAUGUUCUCAUCUCAGUUGCAUGCCCAAGAGAGUUUGUGUAACAAAACAGAUAAUUAUCAAUAAGUUUUUUGGUAAGCAUUGUUGUAGGAGAGUCUCUAUUUAAGUGUUGAAGAAUGAAGAUCCACAGAGGAAAUGAAAAAUGACUCAUAGUACGCGGAAACUAACAAAAUAUACCAAUAACUGGUAAACUUAAAACAUAAAAUUGAAAUGUGAGGUGAAUUCUCUAUUUAAAUGAAUGCCAUAAAAAAGAUCAUAAAUUUGUCAUCAAUUUCACUCCCUGAGAUGUCUUGCUGAAGGGAAGUCACUGGAAAGACGCUAGAAAUUUUAGAAGUUUCUUAACUCGUGCCCAGUCUUACUUUAACAAUUACAAAAUACUGAAAAUAAUGAAAAUCACAUCAGUAUAAAAGACUAUAAACAAUCAUGUGCAGAGCCUAAUAACAAAUUCCUAUUUUGGUGCUUAGCGAUAAAUAAACGGUACAAGGUUAAAUUUUUCUACCAGACUUCUAAAAGUAUUCACAUUACCAGCAAUUCUAGCAUUGCAUGGUAAAGUAUUCCAAAGGUGGCUGGCUGGGAUGCAAAGGAAUUAAGACACACUUGCUAUUAAAAGAAUAUUGUUCAAGCUUAGUGCCUGAGCAAUUGACUGUACGAAGUUUAAAGAAACUUUAAUGUAACUAGGACCAUUCCCAUUGAAACUUUUAAAAAGUAGGAUCAAAACAUGAAAAAACCUCCUUUGUUCUGGUAUACGCGUGUUAAUUAAUUUACGAAUAUCAUCGUACGAAGUGGACUUAGGUAAACCUAAUAACGUUCUGAAAAUAUAGUACUUUUAAUUGAA